ACAAAGUUUCAAGCUUUCUUCUCUCGUCCACCGUUAGAUCAAACGCAGCAGAUCGAACCGUCCGCAUUAAAACAUCCGUGCCGUUGAUUGGCUUCUGGAUUUUGGCUUCAAGCUGGCGACGAAGCUGAGCUCUUCUAUGGUGGCGCCCGCUCCAUCGCCGUGGCGCUUUCUCAGCCUCCUGCGUAUCUCAAUUUUACCCGCAACCAUUUCCCUUCCUGUUUUCUCUCUCAUGAAAUUAUUGCUUUAAUCUGUGAAUAUAUUCUGCUAUUAUUUGUUUUGGGAUGGAUCUUAGUCUGGUGAAUCGUAUCCCUAUCAGAACGCGCUGUUCCAAGAACGAUUAUCGAUCGGGGAAGAAGGAUAGCAAUGGCAAAGGUGAUGAGUUAUCUGUAGAUUGGGACAAGGCCUGGUCAAGCUACAGAAAGCAGAAAAAGAAGCCAUUUUUCUCCCAGUUCAACUCAGACAAAUAUGUCAGCUGGAAUCCCCGGCGGGGGGGGGGGGAGUAUCCAUUUUCGGAAGAGUUCGAUCCGAUCAAGAGAACCGAGAGGUCCAAUCUGACGCCAUGGACGAGCCCAAACUUCACCCUGGUUGGAGCCAUUAUUGUGGUUUCUUUGCUUCUGAUUUACACACUCAUGGCUCCUCUUAAAUAGCUUCAUUCUGCUCCAGUCCAGACAACUCAU